UCUUCAAUUCUACGAAACAACAAAAAACAAAAAGAGUAAUAGUACUGUGUGUGCAAAUGCAGAUGCAAAUGCAAAUGCAAGUGUAAGAAAUAAACAAAUUAAAGAAGAUGAGUUCUGAACUAAUUCACAGAAACCAAACAAGAGAAUAUCAACCUGAUAAUCCUCGCAACACAGAUUCAUCAUCGAGUCGUCACAAUUCUCCACCUCAGAAAUCGAGGAACAUGCUUCGAGAUCGAGCACCGUUCCUCCUCAUUGGCAUUGCAAUUUCCACUCUCUUCUUCCACUUUCUCCCUUCUCUUCAACAUCAUCAUGACUCGUCGUUCAUCCAAACCGAGUUGACUCUUCCGACUCGACGGGUUUUAUUAGAGGAACACGGUUCCACACGCAACAACGAAGACGAAAGAAAAGGAAGGGUUCCUUUGGCCGUUGGAUUGAAAAAUAAGAAAAACAAGAGAGUACUGAUAACCGGUGGUGCCGGUUUCGUUGGAAGCCAUCUGGUGGACCGUUUGAUGGAAAGAGGUGACAACGUGAUCGUAGUGGAUAAUUACUUCACUGGAAGGAAAGAGAACGUUAUACAUCAUAUUGGUAAUCCCAAUUUUGAACUUAUUCGACACGACGUCGUUGAACCUAUUCUUCUUGAAGUUGACCAGAUCUAUCACUUGGCUUGCCCUGCUUCCCCUGUUCAUUACAAGUUCAAUCCAGUCAAAACCAUCAAGACGAAUGUGGUGGGGACACUAAACAUGUUGGGAUUGGCAAAAAGAGUGGGUGCACGUUUUUUGCUGACUAGCACGAGUGAGGUGUAUGGUGAUCCACUACAACACCCUCAGGCUGAGACUUACUGGGGAAACGUUAAUCCCAUUGGUGUAAGAAGCUGUUACGAUGAGGGAAAGCGUGUUGCUGAGACUUUGGCAAUGGACUACCACAGAGGCGCUGGCAUUGAGGUGAGGAUUGCUCGAAUCUUCAAUACAUAUGGACCAAGAAUGUGCAUUGAUGAUGGGCGUGUCGUCAGUAACUUCGUUGCUCAGGCAUUGAGGAAGGAACCUUUGACUGUUUAUGGCGAUGGAAAACAGACAAGAAGCUUUCAAUAUGUUUCGGACUUGGUAGAGGGAUUGAUGCGGCUGAUGGAAGGUGAGCAUGUUGGGCCUUUCAAUCUUGGCAACCCUGGUGAAUUCACCAUGCUUGAACUUGCUCAGGUGGUACAAGAGACUAUAGACACAAAUGCAAAGAUAGAGUUCAGACCAAACACAGAGGACGACCCACACAAGAGGAAGCCAGACAUCUCCAAAGCGAAAGAGCUUCUUGGAUGGCAACCAUCUGUGUCCCUCCGUGAGGGACUACCUCUAAUGGUCUCUGAUUUUCGACAAAGAUUAUUCGGUGACUCAAAGGGUAAUGGGGGCAAAGGUUCAUCUGCAGCAUAGAUAGAGUACAACUCAGGUGGAAAAUAAAACAAACUUAAAAGAAAAAUAAGUUAGUGAAAAUAAACAUAUAUGUAUAAUAACAAAAAAAAUUAACUUAUUUGGCUUGUUUUGGAUCAAAUUAGAUAUAUAUGUAUUAGUCAUUGGAUGAGAUUUAUAUACGUCUGGCAGCAAAAUAAGCAGCAAGGGAAAAAGUUGCAUCUUUUUGUUGUAUUUUAUUUGUAUAACGUGAUUUACCAACAUAUUAUUGAGAAAUGCAGUUCUAUAUUACUGUGUA